GUAUGUAUAUGUAUGAAUUAGAAAGGCAUGUUCAUAUAGUGUCAGACAAGGCAUUAGUACACUUCAAGUACGUAUUUCAUAGAGUAAAGUUUGUAAAUACUUUAAAGUAAUUCAGAAACGAUGUCUCUCAAGGGCGAAAAAAUUGGUAUAAUUGGCAGCGGUCUAAUCGGUCGCAGUUGGGCGAUGCUUUUUGCUAGUGUAGGAUACGAAGUAAUUAUUUAUGACAUUGUAAAAGAACAAAUCAAUCGUGCUCUCGAAGAUAUUCACCAGCAAUUGAAGCGUCUUGAAAGUAGCGGUCUUUUGAGAGGUUCACUUACUGCGGAUCAGCAAAUUAAAUUAAUUAAAGGAUCGUCUAACUUAACGGAAGUUGUAAAAGGAGCUAAAUUUAUACAAGAAUGCAUUCCCGAAAAUUUACCAUUAAAACUUAAGGUUUACAACGAGCUUGACAACUUAGUUGAUAAUAAAGUAAUUUUAUCUUCUUCAACGUCUACCUUCCGUCCAUCCUUAUUUAGUGAAAAGUUAAAACAUCGUGAACAAAUUAUUGUAUCACAUCCAGUAAAUCCUCCAUACUAUGUGCCACUUGUAGAAAUUGUGCCAGCUCCUUGGACGCGUGCUGAGAUACCAGUACAAACAAAAGCUAUUAUGACUGAAAUAGGCCAAACGCCUGUUGUAUUUUCUAGAGAAAUUGAUGGUUUUGCACUUAACCGAAUACAAUAUGCAAUUUUGAAUGAAGCGUGGAGACUAGUAGCUGAUGGAGUUUUAAGUGCAAAAGAUAUGGACGCAGUCAUGAGCGAAGGGCUUGGAAUGCGAUAUGCAUUUCUCGGUGCUUUCGAAGCAGCACAUUUAAAUGCUGAAGGCAUGAAAAAGUACUGUGAAACGUACAAAAAUUCAAUUUAUGAUGUAAGUAUGACAUUCGGUCCAGUUCCAAAAUUUGAAGGUGAGAUGGCAGAAAAGAUUAGCAAUGAAUUAAAUGAGAUGUGUCCGCUAGAAAAGCUUCAAGAAAGACGUGCAUGGAGAGAUGAAGCUUUGACCAAGUUAUCUUUAUUAAAGAAAGAAUUAAAUAAUAACAAGUAAAAAUAUUCCUAGCAUAGCAACAUAUGUUAAAACUGAACUUGUUGUUUAUUAACUAAUAAAGUAAAAUGAGAAUUGUGUGUUUAAAAGCUAA